AUGGGGGUUUCUCUCCCAUUUCGAAUCCUACUGAGGAUUUAUGGGGGUGUCUCUCCCAUUUCAAAUCCUACUGGUGAUAAGGUUUGGACUCCCCCACCUCAGGUUGUGGCAAAGAUCAAUGUCGAUGCUUUAGAUGCUGAGGGAUGGGUUGUCCUUGGGGUGGUUGCUCGUGAUUAUAAGGGGAAAGUGCUAUUUGUUGUUGUUAUAAGAAUCAAAGCAAGGUGUGAUCCUCUAGUAGCCGAGAGCAAGGCUUCGUUAUUUGGCAUUCAAAAGGCGAUUCCCUUUGGCUACAACGAUAUCAUACUAGAGUCUGACUCGUUGCUCCUUGUUUUCAAGCUCAAGAAAAACUCAAUAUCCUUUGCUACGGUUGAUGGAAUCCUUGAAGAUAUUCUAUUAGCUAUCUCGAAUUUUUCUUCCAUUAUUGGUCCCAUGUUAAGCGUGAUGAGAAUUUUGUUGUCCACCAUGUUGCUAAGUUAG